AUGCAGUGGUCGACGUCAGGCCAAGCGCCAAGCCAGGCUUUCCAGUCGAACAAGCGGCGAAAACUCGUUCCUACGAUUGAUCCUGACAUGCUCGAGCCACUUAACUGCUUUUCGGAUAUGCUCGCUGAUAUGAACAGCGAUGAUCCUGUCAUUCGAUCCCGUGCGGCCGAGCAGCUUACAGUAUUAUCACCUUUAAUGCAACAACUCGCCUUUGCAAAGAACGUCGCCGGCGUCCAUUAUGCUGCUAGGGAUUUCAAAACCCUUGGAGUGGCCUGUACUGUUCUGGAGAUCACACAUAACCCGAUGGAUCUUUGGAAUCCGCCAGACAUCGAUAACUCUCCCUCGGCUACCUUGUCUCCUAAUGUAGACAGUGUCAUUCACCAACUCCAAAUCUCAGAAUACCACAGAAUCGAUAACUCAGAAGCUUCUGUACGCGUCGUUAUCGAGCUAAUCAUUCUUGACCGGCUCCAUCACCUUUCUGAUAAAGGGUCGCUCGAACAUCUACAGCUCUAUCCGGAGGUAGAUAUCAAUCUUUUACGCGGCAAUGCGUAUAUCACUGGCCGUGCCGACUGGCUACUUUGCCAUGAUGACCCUCAAUAUGGCUUUGAUUCGGCGUUGAUUGCUAUAGAGGCUAAGCGGAGUUGCGAGUUUUCCUGUGCCGACCGUCAAAUGGCUACAUAUCUCGCAGCUGUGCAGGACUGUCGGGCCAAAAUCGCAAAGAUCCAUGCUGUUGCUUUCGGAAUCACGACGGAUAGUACUAGAUAUCAGUUCUGGUUCAUGGACUCGGAACGGCGGCUUUUCUCUUCUGUGGUAUUUGAUUGGCGUCUCGACAAGGCCAAAAUUAUCGCAUGGAUCGAUAAAAUGCUCGCCGAGGCGAUUGAGGCCUCCCCACUAACAACGCCAACUCUGCGACGGAAUGUCUCUCUACGUAACUGGGAGAAGGACUCCCGACUGCGUCAGCUUUUGGGUUCUGAAUCAGAUGAUACACCUUUAACUGAGGGACUUCCGUUCGAUAUCAGUGUUCCAGGCUCGUGCCAGCUUAUCGGGCCUGCGUGGUAUCAAGGACGAAAGGUCAUGGUCGUCGAAUAUGAUGAAGAGGAGGAAUUGAGUGGCAAAAAUUGA